UCAAUUUCUUCGUUAAUUAUCGACAAUACCCUCGCCAAUUCUACCCUUGUCAUCAACAGCAAAAUGGGUGGUCCAGCCUUCGUCGGCACAGCUGACGCUAGUCGUGUCGAAGCUCCAGUAACAUGGAAAUCCUACAUGAUGUGCGUCUUCGCAGCAUUCGGAGGAGUGUUCUUUGGCUACGACUCGGGUUAUAUCAGCGGAGUGCUUGCUAUGCCGUACUUUAUCAAUAUGAUGACGGGCAAGGCGAUUCCUGGUGCGGACGCAACAGCUGCUGAACUCGCUUCUUUCGUCAUUCCAACCUCAGACAAGACCUUGAUUGUCUCGAUUCUCUCCGCUGGAACCUUCUUCGGUGCCAUCAUUGCCGGUGAUUCAGCCGACUGGAUCGGAAGAAGACUCACUGUUAUUCUCGGAUGCUUCAUCUAUGGUAUUGGAUGUAUUCUUCAGACCAUCGCCACCACUCUUGGGCUCCUCGUGGCUGGACGUCUGAUUGCCGGCUUUGGAGUCGGUUUCGUCUCUGCUAUUAUCAUUCUGUACAUGUCUGAGAUCGCUCCCAAGAAGGUCCGAGGAGCUAUUGUCUCUGGCUACCAGUUCGCCAUCACGAUCGGCCUCCUUCUCGCCUCAUGUGUGGACUACGCAACCCAGCACCGCACCGACAGCGGCUCUUACCGCAUCCCAGUCGGACUUCAAUUGGCGUGGGCUCUCAUCCUUGCCGGCGGACUUUUCUGGCUCCCAGAAUCCCCUCGCUUCUUCGUCAUGAAGGGCCGCCUCGAUGAUGCCGCUCGUGUCCUCGAGAGACUGCGUGAUCAGCCCUCUGGAUCUGAGCUCGUACAAGCCGAACUCACUGAGAUCAUCGCCAACCACGAGUACGAGAUGUCUGUCAUCCCACAAAAUGGCUACUUCUCAUCGUGGGCCAACUGCUUCAAGGGUGGACUCAUGAACCCAGCCUCCAACCUUCGCAGAACCAUCCUGGGAACGAGUAUUCAGAUGAUGCAACAGUGGACUGGAGUCAACUUCAUCUUCUACUACGGAACCACAUUUUUCACCUCCCUCGGUACGAUCAAGAACCCCUUCUUGAUCUCCCUGAUCACUACCCUCGUCAACGUUGGCUCUACUCCCCUCUCAUUCUGGAUCAUUGAGCGAUUCGGUAGAAGAUCAAUCAUGAUCUGGGGUGCAAUCGGUAUGGUUAUCUGCCAAUUCAUCGUCGCUAUCGUGGGUGUGACUACCGAUUCUACUGCCUCGGUUCAGGCCCAGAUUGCAUUCAUCUGCAUCUACAUUUCAUUCUUCGCUACUACUUGGGGCCCCGGUGCCUGGGUUGUUAUUGGCGAGAUCUUCCCCCUGCCAAUUAGAUCCAGAGGUGUUGGAUUGAGCACUGCUUCCAACUGGCUGUGGAACUGCAUCAUUGCCAUCAUUACUCCUUACCUGACUUCCACCGACGGUGGCGGUGUCGACCUUGGCUCCAAGAUCUUCUUCCUCUGGGGUUCCCUCUGCUUCCUCUGCGUCAUCUACGCCUACGUUCUCAUCCCUGAGACCAAGGGCUUGACGCUCGAGCAGGUUGAUCGUAUGUUGGAAGAGACUACUCCAAGAACUAGCGCCAAGUGGGUGCCACACUCGACCUAUGCGGCGGAGAUGGGAAUGACCGAUAAGAAGUUGACUGAUUCCGAGCAUGUCGAGAGUGGUGUACUUGUGAAGGGGAGUGAGGAGCAGGUUUGAGGGAGUGGAUAAUAAUAAUGGUGCUUCGAAAAGUCGGAUUGAUGGCCAUCGUCUUUUGAUGAUGUGCCUCGUGGGAGAUAAAGUUACUAAGAUGAUGGAUAGAUCAUAGAUGGAUAGAUACACUGUACCACUGUAUAGGCCUGAGACACUCUCGGCCGUAAUAACAAGAAAGAAAGAAAGAAAAAAUCCUUCAAAAUCACU